CUAUUUCCGGUUGACUUCACGCAACAUCUGUUUACCCAAGCCAGAUUUGAGUCCUUUCGUGAACCCUUCUUUUAACCAAACCAGCGCCUUCAACGCAUUAUAUCGCCCUGUGUCCCGUAGACGUCACUGAAGAUCUUCACUCUGAAACAUAUGACCCCACCCAGGUUCUACAGGAGGAGAUGUCGGAGAUGCUGCAUUUCAAACAGGAGUCGGGGCCAGAGGUCCCCUACAUGAAAGAAGAAGAACAGGAAAAUGAAAUCACUAAGUUUCCAAUUACUGUUAUUGUGAAGAGCGAAGAAGAUGACGGUCCAAGCGACGAGAACAGAGCAGCGAAACCUUCCCGUGACAGCUCAUUUCUUCACCUGAAACGAAAAGGUGAGGGGCGAUCGCAACCGGACGGCCUCUUAGCCCCAGUCUCGGACAGCGACGACGUCACAUCACACUCUUCGGACACUGACACUAAUGAGGAGGAUGUUGAUUUUGACCCAAAGCGUCCAAAACCUUUAAACAAAUCAUCACUGAAAAGAGGCACAAAAGAAUGCGCGGGUGGGAAACCGUUUGCCUGCUCACAUUGCGAUAAAAGCUUUUCACAGAAGAGACUAUUAACAAAACAUACAAGGAUACACACAAAGCCUUUACUCUGCACUUUUUGUUGUAAAAGAUUCACUUAUGAGAUUUAUUUAAUGAGGCACGCAAGAACACACACUGGAGAGAAACCUUUUGCCUGCACACACUGCGAUAAAACAUUUUCUCAGAAGAUUCAUUUAAAUAGGCAUAAACGUACACACACUGGAGAAAAGCCUUUUGCCUGCACGCUUUGCGAGAAAAGAUUUUCUCAGGAGACUCAUUUAAGCAUACAUCAGCGUACACACACUGGAGAAAAACCUUUUGCCUGCACCCUUUGCGAGAAAAGAUUUUCUCAGAAGGCUCAUUUAAAAAUACAUAAGCGUACACACACUGGAGAAAAACCUUUUUCCUGCACGUUUUGCGGUAAAACAUUCAUCGACAAGAGAAAUUUAAACAAACACACAAGAACACAUACUAAAAAGGAGCCUUUCGCCUGCUCAUUUUGCGAUAAAAGAUUUUCUCGGAAGAAACUGUUAACAACACACACGCGCACACACACCGGAGAAAAGUCUUUUGUCUGCACGCUUUGUGAUAAAAGUUUUUCUCAGAAGAACAAUUUAGAAAUACACAUGCGUACGCACACUGGAGAAAAACCUUUUGCCUGCACACUGUGCGAGAAAAGAUUUUCUCAGAAGAUUCAUUUAGAAAUACACACGCGUACACACACUGGAGAAAAGCCUUUUGCUUGCACAUUUUGCGGUAAAAGAUUUAUCGAUAAAAGAAAUUUAAACAAACACACAAGAACACAUACUAGAAAGGAGCCUUUCGCCUGCUCAUUUUGAGAUAGAUUUUCUCGAUUAACCCUUUAAAGGGAACCUUGGACUUAAAGGCUAAUAAGUGGUCUAAUAAGCCACAAUUGUUCUCUUUUACUAAAACAUGUUAUUAGAAACUCAUAUAUUAUUGCCACUGAUUUUAAAAUUUAUAAUAUUUAGAACAUGUUUUGACCUACGAAGGGCGCCAUGUUUUACACGCGCAAUGCACACUGGGGGUAAUGACGGGGUUGGGCUGGACUGUGAUAAUAGCUGUCCUAGCUAGCAAGUGAAGCUAGUAUGAUGACUGGCAUGAUUUUUUUCACUUUCUGCUGCUGGUCAGAUUGUUUUGUUACAAUACCUGCAUCUAAUUCCAGCUCAUCAGCAGUGUCUUUAAACCGAUCCUGAGCGGCUUGCCGAGAUAUUUACUUGGUGCCAUUUGACAGUUUGUACAGUGGGGCAAAUAAGUAUUUAGUCAACCACCAAUUGUGCAAGUUCUCCUACUUGAAAAGAUUAGACAGGCCUGUAAUUGUCAACAUG